AUGUCGAAUACGAAGUACACGCCUGCUCCGCAGGAGGACCCCGAUGUCCACCUCGACUACGCGCAGCCUCCUCCGUCGUACCAAGCAACAGCCGAGAGUAGCACCGCCAACGCCGUCCUCGGUGAUCAGGCUCGCCUCUUUUCCGGUGCUCCACGCAGCAGCCAGGACGAAGAUGAUAUUCCCGAUGAUUUCAAGUUUGGUGGUUCCGUAGCCGAAGCCACAGUUGAAAUCCGUCACCAGUUCAUCCGCAAGGUCUACACCAUCCUGACAGUCCAGCUCAUCGCCACGGGCGCCGUUUCUGCCCUCAGCUUCCUCAGCGAUGGCUACAAGAACUGGAUCCAGUCUCAUCCGGCCAUGAUUUGGGUUUCGUUCGCCGGCGCCCUAGUCUUCAUGCUCCUCACCUUCUGGAAGCGCCAAUCCUACCCCACCAACCUUCUCUUCCUCUCGGGCUUCACCCUAAUGGAAGCCUACUCCAUCAGCGUCUGCGUCUCGUUUUUCGACUCCGCCACCGUGCUACUCGCCGUCGUCAUCACGGCGGGUAUCUUCGUCUUCCUUACCGCUUUCGCCUGCCAAACCAAGUACGACUUCACCUCGUGGAUGCCCUACCUGGGCGGUAUCCUCUGGGGCCUGAUCCUGACGAGCUUUGUGUACGCCUUCUUGCCGCACACGAGUACGAGCGAGCUGGUGUAUGGCGGUGUUGCCGCGCUGGUCUUUAGCGGGUAUAUCCUGGUUGAUACUCAGCUGGUGAUGCGCAAGUUCCAUGUCGAAGAGGAGAUUGCGGCGGCGAUUAGCUUGUAUCUGGACAUCCUGAAUCUGUUUUUGGCUAUUUUGAGGAUUCUCAAUAGCCAGUCGGAUAACUAG